ACAAGAUGUCACUAAAGGUCUGGGUUUUGAUCUCUUCGAUGGGUUUGGCUUUCGCAGCAGCUGCAGCCUUUUUAGUUUGUUUGAUAAACCAUCUUCGCUUGAACUUUGUAAGGUUCUCCACAAUCAGGGUAUUUACACGGGGCAUUGCAAAACACUAAAACACCAGUCUCACACACAAAUAUCACACCUCCAGCAGCAGAAUCAGCAGAAACAGCACUUGCAGCAGAAUCAGCUCGACCUGGUUCGAAGCCUCCAGCGAUGUUGGGGAGCUCAGAAAUUUUAGCGAAUUUUCGCGGCCGGGUAAAGCGCGGUACUGAAAAAUUGAAGGCUCACGAAGCGCCUUUCCACUCUUCGCCAGCUUCUCUUGUUACUUCUGAGGACUGUUUUGGUGGCGCGUCUUCUGAUUGUGCUGCUUAGGUUGAGUUGGUUUACCACUGGGUGUUUAUAGGCAGCGAUGGAUGAAUAUGACGACUAUAUGGAAGAUCCUUAUGGAUACGAUGAUGAGGAUCAGCAGAUAACCUCCGAAGAUUGUUGGACUGUGAUAUCUUCUUUCUUCAACAAGAAAGGUUUGGUGUCCCAGCAAAUUGAUUCCUUCAAUGAUUUCGUCAACACUGCAAUUCAAGAAAUCGUCAAUGAAGACUCUAAUUUGAUUCUUGAUCAAACUGCUCAGCAUGUCACUGCUGACGACAAUAUAAACAAAAGAUAUAUCAUAUCCUUUGGAAAAAUUAAAAUUUCUCUACCAAGAAUAACUGAAAGUGACGGUGUGGACCACACAAUGUAUCCUCAAGAAGCUAGAUUACGUAAUCUAACAUAUUCCUCACCUCUUUUCAUUGAUAUCACUGAGAAAAAAAUUGUGUCUAACGAUGACGAUCCAAAGGCAGAAUGGGUCGAUAAAGAUGAAGCAACCACUGCCCAGAUAUUUAUUGGAAGAGUUCCCAUGAUGUUGAGAUCCACCUUUUGUGUUUUAAGAGAUCUAACAACUUCUGAUUUAUAUGGUUUAAAAGAAUGUCCCUAUGACAUGGGUGGUUAUUUCAUUAUCAAUGGUUCCGAAAAGGUUUUAAUUGCCCAGGAAAGAUCGGCUGCGAAUAUCGUUCAAGUCUUUAAAAAAUCUGUCCCAUCGCCUGUAUCUCAUGUUGCUGAAAUCAGAUCCGCUUUGGAACAGGGUUCAAGAUUAAUCAGUAAUCUAGAGAUCAAAUUAAUGCGUUCAGGCGAUAAGACUUUUGGUGGUAGAACUUUAAAGGCUGUCCUACCAUACAUAAAUCAAGACAUUCCUGUUGCUAUUGUAUUUAGAGCAUUGGGUGUAGUUCCUGAUGGUGAUAUUAUUGAACACAUAUGCUAUGAUGAAACUGAUUGGCAAAUGUUAGAAAUGCUAAAACCUUGCAUUGAUGAAGCAUUUUCCGUUCAAGAUACCCAAGUUGCUUUGAAUUUCAUUGGUACAAGAGGUAGAUCCUUGGGUGCAAGAAAGGAAAAGCGUAUUCAAUAUGCCAAAGAUAUUCUCCAAAGAGAACUACUACCUCAUAUCACUCAAUUAGAAGGUUACGAGUCCCGUAAGGCCUUUUUCCUCGGCUAUAUGAUUCACCGAUUGUUAUUAUGUGCAUUAGAGAGAAAAGAAGCAGACGAUAGAGAUCAUUUUGGUAAAAAGAGAUUAGAUUUGGCAGGUCCUUUACUCGCAAAACUAUUCAGAAUCUUGUUUAGAAAUCUCACAAAGGAUAUAUUCCGUUAUUUACAAAAAUGUAUUGAAUCAAAUAAAGCAUUCAAUUUGAAAAUGGCCAUCAAAUCCGGUAUUAUAACAGAAGGUUUGAAAUACUCGUUAGCUACAGGUAACUGGGGUGAACAAAAGAAAGCAAUGUCCUCCAAAGCUGGUGUUUCGCAGGUUUUAAACCGUUACACAUACUCAUCAACACUUUCCCAUUUAAGAAGAACUAAUACCCCCAUCGGAAGAGAUGGAAAAAUCGCUAAACCACGUCAAUUACACAAUACACACUGGGGAUUAGUAUGUCCAGCAGAGACUCCAGAGGGUCAAGCAUGUGGAUUGGUCAAAAAUCUAUCACUAAUGUCUGUUAUAUCUGUUGGUAGCCCCAGUAGUAUAAUUCUUGAAUAUUUAGAAGAAUUCGGAUUGGAGCCUUUAGAAAGUUUUGUGCCUCAUGAACAAAAAGAUACAACUAAAAUAUUUGUUAAUGGUGUUUGGGUUGGUAUUCAUCCAUCACCAUCAGAUGUUGUUAGCCAAAUGAGGUUAUUAAGAAGAAGUGCUGAUAUAUCAUCUGAAGUUUCGAUUAUCCGAGAUAUUCGAGAAAAGGAAUUUAAAAUAGUUACCGAUGCAGGCAGGGUUUGCAGACCAUUAUUUGUGGUUGAAAACGACCCAGACAGUGAUGAUUUUGGUAGAUUAAAAUUCAAAAAAGAGCAUACAGAUAAACUAAGAAGAUCAGAUGCCGGAGAUCUAGAUGAAGAUGAAAGAGAUGAAUUAUUUACAUGGCAAAGUUUAUUGCAACAAGGGAUUAUAGAAUACGUUGAUGCUGAAGAAGAAGAAACAAUUAUGAUUGCAAUGACACCGGAAGAUUUGGAACAAACCAGAAUUGGCGCUGAAUUGAACUCUGAAUCAGUUGAUGCUGCCAAACGUAUUCGACAACGAAAUAAUUUCCAUGUUCAUACUUGGACACAUUGUGAGAUUCAUCCAGCUAUGAUUUUGGGUGUCGCAGCCAGUAUUAUCCCAUUUCCAGAUCAUAAUCAAUCACCACGUAAUACAUAUCAAUCAGCUAUGGGUAAACAAGCUAUGGGAGUGUUUUUAACCAAUUAUAAUGUUCGUAUGGAUACAAUGGCGAAUAUUUUAUAUUAUCCACAAAAGCCACUUGCGACUACAAGAUCAAUGGAGUAUUUGAAAUUUCGAGAAUUGCCAGCGGGACAAAAUGCCAUUGUAGCGAUUGCAUGUUAUUCGGGGUAUAACCAAGAAGAUUCGAUGAUUAUGAAUCAAUCAUCUAUUGAUAGAGGGUUGUUUCGAUCCUUAUUUUUCCGAUCAUAUACAGACCAAGAAAGAAGAAAGGGGAUGUCAUUGGUUGAAGAAUUUGAAAAGCCAUUAAGAAGCAAUACAUUGAGAUUGAAACAUGGAACGUAUGAGAAGAUUGAUGAAGAUGGGUUGAUUGCGCCAGGUAUAAGAGUGUCUGGAGAGGAUAUAAUUAUUGGUAAGACUACGCCUAUAUCGCCAGAUAAUGAAGAAUUGGGUAGAAAGACGCAAUUUCAUACCAAGAGAGAUGCGUCUAUGCCAUUAAGAAGUACUGAAAAUGGUAUAGUUGAUCAAGUUGUUUUAACUACUAACCAUGAGGGGUUGAAAUUUGUUAAGGUUCGGAUGAGAACCACAAAAGUUCCACAAAUUGGAGACAAGUUUGCAUCACGUCAUGGACAAAAGGGUACAAUUGGUAUAACCUAUCGACAUGAGGAUAUGCCAUUUUCAAGAGAAGGAAUUGUGCCAGAUUUAAUUAUAAAUCCGCAUGCUAUUCCAUCGCGUAUGACAGUUGCACAUUUAAUUGAAUGUUUGUUGUCGAAAGUGUGUGCAUUGAUGGGAACCGAGGGAGACGCUACGCCAUUUAAUGAUGAUAUAACGGUUGAUGCAAUUUCGGACAUUUUGUAUACGUUUGGGUAUCAAUCCAGAGGAUUUGAAGUAUUGUACAAUGGACACACAGGAAAGAAAUUAAUGGCGCAAGUAUUCUUUGGGCCCACGUAUUAUCAGCGAUUGAGACAUAUGGUUGAUGAUAAGAUACAUGCUAGGGCUAGGGGGCCAUUACAAAAUCUAACUAGACAACCAGCCGAAGGUAGAUCAAGAGAUGGAGGGUUAAGAUUUGGAGAGAUGGAAAGAGAUUGCAUGAUUGCUCAUGGAACAGCAGCGUUUUUAAAGGAAAGAUUGAUGGAGGCAUCAGAUGCGUUUAGGGUGCAUGUGUGUGGUAUUUGUGGAUUGAUGUCAGUUAUUGCCAAUUUAAAGAAGAACCAGUUUGAGUGUAGAAGCUGUAAAAACAAGACCAAUAUUUAUCAAAUUCAAAUACCAUAUGCGGCCAAAUUGUUAUUUCAAGAGUUAAUGGCAAUGAAUAUAACACCUAGGUUAUAUACUGAACAUAGUAAGCUAAGUGUUCGAUAAGAUGUAUUGAGAAAGUGUAAUAUAUAAAAUAUAAAAUAUAAAAUAUAAGGUGACUAAGAUGAUUAAAUAGACAAAGAAAGACAAUAAUAAACUGAUAUGAAAAUAAGAUGAUAUAAUAAUAUGAUAAUAUAAUAUAAUAUAAUUAUAUAAAAUUAGGAGAAAAAAAGAGAAUAUAUAUAAAUAUAUAUAAAUAUAUGAAUAUAUAUAAUGAAGAAUAAAAACACAAAGACAUGAAAGAAAAAAUUGAUAAAUAUUAAGAAUGUAAUUGAGCAAUGAUAUAGUGAUAUGAGACAAUAAAAUAGUGAUAUAAUGAUAUAGUAAUAUAAUACAAGUAAAA